GGCGAGCAUAAUUUGUAUCUCGUCUGUUAUCGUCGUUACAUUCGUUGCUCAGAUGCAGCGAAAACUAGAACAACUACCUGGACUUAGUAAUGUGACUGGAAAGUAUACAAAAAAGUGUACAGACGAGCCAUACCCUCGUUUGUUUGUACACAGUACGAGUGAAAGUAAGAAUGAUCUUACAAACCAAAUCAAUAAAGUCAAAUCAGAAAGCACGGUAGCUCAUAAUUCUGAUGCAGCAUCUGCUGUAUGGCAUUUGAAUGCAACGAAGCUUUCAACUGUGCAAUCUCGAUCAGACUCUGCCAAUAGCUCUAAUUACAUACCAAUGACUCACAAAGGUCCGAACACUCAUGUCUCCAAGCCUCAGUAUGUUGCCUCAAACUCUACAUUAGCACACCAAUCUCUGUUGACUGGUGGACCACAUAUGUCCUCGGGAAGCAAGAAUAAGUCUCAAAAAUCAAGUAUUCCCAUUAAACCGCAAGUCAUGCAACGCUCCAAGAAAUGUAUGAAUGAAGUUGUGAAGUCGUCAUCAUCAGGAAGUGUAUCUGCACUUCAAUCUAAACCUACAGGUGUGAUAAUAGCUACCCCGUGUUCCCCACAAGUGAAUGAGCAGGGUCUCACUCGGUCAUUUGACAGUUUUUCUGUGGGUGGGAGAGUAGCUUCAUCCAACUCGUUUUCUGGAAGCGAAGAAACAUUCCACGCAGGUUCUGAAAGGGCAUCAUUUUCAGAUGGAAAGGAUCUUAGUCAAAGACUGUUUCAUGCUCCCUACAAUUUGCCAGGUUAUUCUUAUGAAAUAGAGGAUGGGAUUCAUUUCACAAGAGAGCAUCCAUGUGACCGAUCGUCCAAUACCCAGCCGCCAUGUUUGUCAAAUGUUACGAAAAACUCACUUGGAGCCGCUAACACCCAAUAUUGCAGAGCGAGAAUGUCAAACGAUCAGGCCGCCUAUAAGUCAGGUGAUGAACAGGCAUGCAAUAGGUCAGGUCAGAAAAACAUCUUGGAUAGUGGGCCAGGUCCUUCACCUAUGCAUAUCGGCAACGAAUCAUCAUUUCAAUCCACGGAGUACCAUAUUUCUCACUUUGGUCACCAGUCAAAACACGAUACCAAUGAAGUAAACAUAAAACCGGCAACACAUCUUUAUGGUCUGCAACCGAGGCACGCUUCAUGGAAUGUUGGUUACUCUAAUACAGGUGGAAUAUCGGAUUCUGGAAUGCCAGGCUCACAAUGCACACAAAGCGCUCUGGAACACUAUUUGUCAGACUUAGUAGCAGAUGAGCAGAGAAUGAUGGCGAAUAGUCCUUGUACAGACUUUACCCAUGGUUACUGUGAAACACCCUCUGGUUAUGUCAGUCAGUCAGUUUCUCCAAAAUCUGGUGAGACUGAGAAGAAAAUAUGUUCUACAGAUUUGUUACAGUUUCUGGAGCAACGUAUUGAAAAUGCCUUACGGAGUAUGACAUCUAUAGACUCAAAACAGAACCCUUACAAUAGUACUCCAAAUCGAAUACGCCCAAACAGGAGUGCUUCUCUAAAUCCAGUUUGUGAACCCCGAAUAAAAAGUAUUGAAUCACCAUCAGUGGCUGGAAACUUUUUUCAGCACCAGUUGGCCUUCGAAAAUAAUGAUACACAACAUAUUUAUUCCUACGAAAACUCUGCUAAACCUCAAAAUAAACAACACAUUAGUUCUUAUUCAGAUGAACAUUCGGGCCAAACACACGCAGAAAGAAAUAUGCUCCAACAAUUUAAUUUUUAUGAGCUGCAGUAUCUUCUCAAGGCUGUCAAAGACUUAUUAGUGUUACGCACUUCUUGUGCCCAUACAAAUGCUUCAUCGGGACAAGAUGGAUCGAAAAUUGCUGAACAAGAUAAACCAAAGAAGUAUGGUAAAAGUGAACGAGUUGAUACAUGUGCGGUGUCGAAUGGAGAUGACCGUAGCAUGUGUGGGAGAACUGGUACAGAGUCACCAUACAUAGCUAGAUCAUUAUCAAGCAGUCGUAGCAGCAGUGCUGUGAGGAAUAAUCGCUUUGAAACAUCAGAGUCUCGUGGUAACCGAGUGAGUUCUGGAAUGUCUGAAGAUGGAAGCCAUUCAAAUGCUGAUUUAAUGCAUCAGCGUUUACCCAUAGGUUUUCAACAUUUUGAGCGGUAUCUGGAUAGUAAGUUUGGCCCAGAUCACCCAACUAACAACGCUUCCACAUGCAGUUCAGAUGUUCAAUCAAAACCUGAGUCAUGUGUAAAAGUAGUACAAACAAGUUCAGAACAUUCUCCUUCAGUGUUAUCCGGAAAUUCAUCUGACCACAAUUCACAUUUAUUAGCCAAACAAAAGUCACACAGUUCCAUUCCAAUGCACACAGGAACUACUUAUACAAAUAUUACUGCCACUAACAAAGCUGAAGAAAUUGUCGAUCGUUCUUCUUCAGAAUCUGUUUCUCAAUACCCUAGUAAUUUAAACGAAGGUCCUCAUCCGGUGUAUGCAAAUUCAAGGCCUGGUUAUCCAGAACAAACUGAAUGGAACUCAGACGAAAAACCGAUAGUGACCAGUGGAUCGUGCGCUUCAGCGUCUAACCAACCUACUAUGAUAACAAACGCACACAACAGUGGAUACGUGUCUGUUCCACUCACAAAUCAUUUUACCUCUUCUCAUACUGGAGGUGCAGAUGGCAAUACCAGUCAUAUGAAUUAUUACACAGAGUCAAAUAACAUUUUUACUUCUGAUCUUCAACAGGGACAAACAUCUUCUUGGCAUCCAAAUUGGUAUCAAUGGUAUAUUUCUUCUCACAUGUUUCCACAAAGACAUCCAUCGUAUUCACAAUUCCCAUAUCACCAUUACUAUUAUCCACACUUAAAGCAACAACAGCAGCAACAGCAACAGCAGUUCAGUCUUGAUCACUCAGUUUGUGCACAUCGGAUGAAUCGUUUAGUCACCCCUUUAUCUUAUGUGGUGAACUCUCCUCCAAACUACUCACCGUCGGGACAUUUUUGCUGUAUGGAUGCAAACCAUGCCCAUAUAUUCGAAGGUCAUUGUUCAUCCCCUUUGUCUGAAGGUUGUCAUUUCGUCUCCUAUGAGCCACAAUCCACAGAAAGCCCCUUACAAGCAACAGCAGCAGCCGGUGGUCAAUGUUCAUGUACAAAUCCCGAUGGAAUCAAACGAUUUGCUAACAUAAGUUACACCUAUUCGGAUAGAAUUCCAACAAAUUCUUACGCAGCUUAUAGACCAUCAGGAGUAUAUUCACCUCCACCUGGUUAUCCUUGGAUUCCAUGUAUGAACACUGUUCGCUGGGACCCAUUUUCGUAUAAUAACAACGAAAACUACAAUUUGAAUGCUUAUUUUCAACGUCCGGCUUAUUAUCGACUUACAAAUUGUAUGCCCCGUUCUGGUAGUGCGAAUGCCGGAUUUACAUAUUCCUCUGAAACAGAUAAUUUAUCAAAUCAUACAUCUGAACGUGGAACAGCAGAAUUGGAUAGAUUUAAACAAAAUAACAAUCGUUGCGAGCAUUAUUAUGCAGUUAAUCCUAAUAACCAAGUAUUUGUAUUGUCAGAUCAAACAAAUGACUAUCAAAGUUUCUUGCAUCAUAGUAACAAUAAUAAUAGUAACAGUGUUUUACAGUCACCUGCUUUACGUUCAAUGACUAAUUCUUUUAGUGCUAAUGAUUUAGCUGCUUAUCAUAACCAGAGUAGAAUAGGAAUAAGAUAUACCAAGUCAAGUUUUGAUUUAGCUCCAGAACUACCCGUUGAACCGGGAUUAGCUUUAAUGGAUCAUUCAAAUUUCUAUUCAAAAAUUUCAUCAUUAAUUGAAAUGGAUAAUAAUAGUCGUUUGGUUUUACCGAAUGGUUGGUCUGAAAGACGAUCAAGUCUUGGCCGAUCAUAUUACACAUGUGAUUCA